AUGAGAGGACAGUCUUGUGUAAAGACAACUCAAUUUACUGCUUUUGUUUCUGGAACUGGUGUUCAGAAGGUUGUUGAUCUUUGUGCUGCCCCAGGCAGCUGGAGUCAAGUCCUGUCCAAAAAGCUCAGGGGCAAUUCCAGUGAUGGCGAGACAGAUACCAAGAUCGUAGCAGUCGAUCUUCAAGCAAUGGCACCAAUACCUGGGGUCACUCAAAUACAAGGGGACAUCACAAAGAAAUCCACAGCUGAAGAAAUAAUCAGUCAUUUUGAAGGAGAACAGGCAGACCUGGUUGUGUGCGAUGGGGCCCCUGAUGUCACUGGUCUUCAUGAUAUUGAUGAAUAUAUCCAAGCACAACUCCUUCUAGCCGCCCUCAACAUCACAACUCAUGUAUUGAAACCUGGUGGCACAUUUGUUGCUAAGAUAUUCCGGGGCAAAGAUGUCACCCUGCUUUAUUCUCAACUCAAAAUCUUUUUCCCGCUGGUAACUGUCUACAAACCUCGUAGCAGUCGCAACUCUAGUAUAGAUGUUGACUUCAACAACCUCACUGGACCAAACCGUAUCAUUGUCCCUUUCCUUGCUUGUGGUGAUUUGAGUGGCUUCGAUUCAGACAAGACCUACCCGCUCUCCUUGACUACCCAGAAGGAAUACAGCUACCAUCCACCCACCCAGGGACCGAUAAACCCACCCUACAAGGAAGCCUGUUACCGCAAGAAGAAUGAUCUUCUCUCGAAACCGGAAGUAACUCCCAGGCGUUCCAUCAACCGGAGCAGUGAUGCCUCGAACCGCUUGUCUAACGACAUGGCUGACCUUAACCUGAAGUCGUGA